GGCAAAGUUGUAUAGUGCUUCAGUCAUUCGCACCAAGUCCGUUAUUGGCUCUGUUUUUUUCAUGUUGCUGCUGUUAACAUUCCAGGAGGCGAUGGUGAUGAGGGUUGAUGGUGCUAGGACAAACAGGAUGUGCGACUCAAAAAGCCAUAAAUUCAGAGGGCCCUGUGUUAGUGACACCAAUUGCCGAAACGUCUGUCAAACUGAAAGAUUCUCAGAUGGUCAUUGCCGCGGAUUCCGCCGACGGUGUUACUGCCAAAAUCCUUGUAUUUAAACGAAAUAUGAUGAUCUAGAAAUAAAGAUUUACUCUUUUGUUUAGAAUCGGCAAUUCGGGAGAGUAAUGUUAAUUUGGAUCUACCGAUGUAUGGAAUAAUAUGUCUCCCUUUUAACCCCAUGUAUUUGAGCUUGCAAAUCAAAAAGAGAGUUGACUGAAA